AUGGAGGCUCCAGGAAGAAUUCUUCCCAUCAAGGGAAAGACGAAUGUCUUAAUUACAAGUGCCCUUCCUUAUGUUAAUAAUGUCCCCCAUCUUGGGAACAUCGUUGGGAGCGUUCUGAGCGCAGACGUCUUUUCUAGGUACAACAAAGCAAGGGGUCGACCAACCUUAUUUGUUUGCGGCACCGAUGAGUACGGAACAGCUACGGAAACCAAGGCAUUGGAAGAAAAUGUUUCUCCCAGAGAACUCUGCGACAAGUACAACCAAAUCCAUGCGGAGAUAUAUGAAUGGUUUGAGAUCGGAUUCGAUAUCUUCGGAAGAACUUCCACCCAACAACAGCAGGACAUAACGCAGAGUAUAUUUCGAAAACUAUACGAAAAUGACUACCUGAUCGAGCGGACUUCGCAGCAGCCAUACUGCGAAAAGCACAAAUCAUUCCUUGCUGAUCGAUAUAUUGAGGGUACUUGUCCGAAAUGUGGCUACGAAGACGCACGGGGGGAUCAAUGCGACAAGUGUGGCUCGGUAGACUACGGGCCAUUGGACCUCAAAAACGCCCGAUGCAAGAUUGACCCAGAUGCGACGCCAGUCGUACGGGAGACAAGACACAUUCACAUCAGACUCGACAAGCUUCAGCCAGAUAUACAGAAGUGGUUCAAAAAGGCCAGUGAAGACGGUGCUUGGUCCAGUAACGGGAAAGUCAUCACAGAAUCUUGGCUAAAGCAAGGGCUGCGGGAUCGAGGCAUCACCAGAGACUUGAAAUGGGGAACACCAAUACCACUUGAUGUUUUCGCAGACGAGAAGGAUAGAGAGAUCUACAAAGACAAGGUGUUCUAUGUCUGGUUCGAUGCCUGCAUUGGCUACGUGUCGAUAACUGCAAAUUAUACCAAAGAUUGGGAGAAGUGGUGGCGCAAUCCAGACGUGAAGCUUUACCAAUUUAUGGGAAAGGAUAAUGUGCCUUUUCACUCGGUCAUUUUCCCCGGCAGUCAAUUAGGCACCAAAGAACCGUGGACUAUGCUACAUCAUCUGUCAACGACAGAAUACCUGAACUACGAAAAUGGCAAGUUUUCCAAGUCGCGAGGAGUUGGUGUCUUUGGCAACAAUGCGAAAGACACAGGAGUCCCCGCCGACGUGUGGCGGUACUAUCUUUUGAAGCACAGACCAGAAACUGCCGACAGCCAAUUCGAAUGGAGGGAUUUCGUUGCGCAGAAUAACAAUGAAUUGCUUGCAAAGCUUGGAAAUUUCGUCAACCGCAUAUUGAAGCUUGUCAACAGCAAGAUCUACGAUUCUAUCAUACCAGAUUAUACGGCCAAGUAUUCGGAUCCUGUAUUCGAGCAGGCCAGGGCCGAGAUCAAUCAGCAUUUGAAGCAGUAUCUGAAGGACCUUGAGGCGGUCAAUCUAAAGGAUGGUCUUCAAAGCGCGAUGGACAUUGCACAGGCAGGGAACAAUCUCAUCCAAAGCAACAAACUCGACAAUAAGCUCGCUGCAAAUGAGCCCGAAAAAGCUGCAGCGGUAAUAGGUCUCGCCAUAAACAUCAUCUAUCUCUGCGCCGGCAUUUUCGAACCAUACCUUCCGGCGACUUCCAAAUCUAUCCUUGAACAACUGGACGCACCUUUUCUCUUCAUCCCUGAUCACUGGGCGGCUGACGAUAUAAAGCCAGGUCAUCACAUUGGCAAGGCAAAGCAUCUUUUCAUACUGAUUGACCCGAAGAAAGAGGACGAAUGGCGGGACAUGUACGGAGGGACCCAAGCAGAGAGAUCAAAGAAGGAAGAGGAGACAGCGAAAAAGGCAGCAGCUAAAGCAGCUGUGAAAGCCAAAAAGGCAGAGAAAAAGACAAAGAAACCGGAACACCAGGUUGAAAAGGUGCAUGCGCAGCCAAGUGUGGAGGAAACGGCAACAGGGGGAGCGGAGGCUACAGAAGUCGGCAAGGAGCCAGUGGAUGCUGUUACAGAUGGAUUUCAACAAGUUACGCUGCCUUCGUCAUGA